AUGUUAUUUUAUUUUGUCACAGUGAAAUUAUAUGUAAAAUUACAUCAUCAUAGCCCAGUCCUUGUCUGUAUGGAUUUUAGACGUGCUAAAAAAGAAACAGUGGACCCCACCUACAUAUGGAUUGGGCCUAAUGAAAAGCCAUUAACAGGAAAUAAUCAAAUAAAUAUAACUAAAACAGGAAAGCUGAUGGUGAAAGAUUUUCUGGAGGCUUUGUCUGGACUUUACACAUGUACUCUUUCUUAUAAGACUGUCAAAGCAGAAACCCAAGAAGAAACAAUAGUAAAGCAAAGAUAUGACUUUAUGAUCUUUGCCUAUCGGGAACCUGAUUACUCAUAUCAGAUGGCUGUACGUUUUACCACAAAGUCUUGUGAAGGAAGAUAUAAUGACCUGCUUUUUAGAGUGCUGAAGAAAAUCUUGGAUAAUUUAAUCUCUGAUUUGUCAUGCCAUGUCAUAGAACCAUCAUAUAAAUGCCAUUUUGUUAAAAUUCCAAAACAUGGCCUCAUACAUGAGCUAUUUAUAGCCUUUCAAGUUAAUCCUUUUGCACCAGGGUGGAAAGGUGCAUGCAAUGAUUCUGCUGACUGUGAAGAUAUCACUAAUCAUAAUAUCCUCCAGGCAAGAGAUCGGAUAGAAGAAUUUUUCCGGAGCCAAGCAUAUAUUUACUACCACGACUUUAAUAAAACUAUACCAGCUAUGCAUUUUGUGGACCACAGUUUUCAAGUAGUACGUAUGGAUAGCUGUCGUCCAGGCUUUGGAAAAAAUGAAGGUCUACACAGUAAUUGUGCUAGCUGUUGCGUGGCUUGUAGUCCUGGGACUUUUAGUCCUGAUGUUGAUGUUACUUGUCAAAACUGCGUUUCUGUCCGUAUUUAUGGAGCUAAAUCUUGCACAUAA